UAUUUCUUACAACAAUUCUUUCUGUGUCAACGCCUCAUCAAAAGGGACUUAACAAACUAUCUCAGAUGUGGCCAUUAUUUGUUCUAUUGAGCAAGUUUUUGGGAACAGAAGAAGAUAACACCGAAGAAUCAGGAACAGACCAUUUAAGUUUGGUAGAAUCCUUGCUCUUAAAACAAUCAUUGGGUCGAGAUGAAUUCCAUGGCACAGUGUCCGGCUCAUACUUUGUCGAUGUUCCACAUAUAAACCAAUUACAUUCGUGGGACUGCGGUCUUGCUUGUGUUCUGAUGGUUUUGAGGUUUCUUGGAAUCAAGGAUGGUAACAUGCAAGAGCUACAAGAGUUCUGCUGCACUACGAGUAUUUGGACUGUUGAUCUGGCGUAUUUAUUGAAGAAGUUUGCUGUCAGUUUUUCCUACUUCACAGUAACAUUAGGUGCAAAUCCAAGUUUUUCUGUGGAGACAUUUUACAAGGAGCAACUGCCCAAUGAUCUUGUCCGAGUGGAUAUGCUAUUUCAAAAAGCACGUGAUGCUGGAAUAAGUAUAGAGUGCAGAUCAAUCAGCAGUGAAGAGAUCUCUUUACUGAUCUUGUCUGGAAAUUUUCUUGCGAUUACUUUAGUUGAUCAGUACAAAUUAAGUCAUUCUUGGCUAGAUGUUUGUGCUUCAGAUUUAUGCAUCGACACCCCAAACUAUACUGGUCAUUAUAUUGUCAUCUGUGGCUAUGACACUGACGCAGAUGAGUUUGAGAUUCGUGAUCCUGCCAGUUCAAGGAAAUAUGGAAGGGUCACCUCAAAGUGUUUAGAAAAGGCCCGCAAAUCCUUCGGAACUGAUGAGGAUCUUCUACUGAUCCGUGUAGAAAGAGAGGAGGCUAAAUGCAGCCAUCAUGAUCAUGGUGAUCAUUGUUUAACGCAGUUACUCUAAAAGUAAACUGAUCAAUUUAUAUUCCGUUUUGUUGUUGUGUGUAUUCUUUAAGUUAGGCAAUAGCAGCAUGAACAUAUAGGGGAUUUUCAAAGAAUCCUUAUAGUAAGAAUUUUUAAGAAAGCUAGGGUCUCCUCGAUGCAAGUGGAAACGGAAAGACUCUGUGCUCUUGAUGAUUGACAUAAAUACCUUGUGAAUUUGUUCCUGAAUUGAGAAUAUAUUCAAUUAAUAUAUACGUGUGAAUAUUAUA